AUGUCGUCGUCUCGUGAGGAGCAGAGCCAGUUUGUGUACCGCAGCACCAGCAGAGAGUACGCUGUGUCUCUUGAUGCCCAAGAUUCUCUACAUCACACAAGAGAGGAGUUCCUGAUCCCCUCCAAAGCUCAAUUGAAGAUCAAGUCAUUGCCAGAGGCGGAAGCUCGUGACUCCUCGGGGUCCGAAGCCUCUGUUUACUUGUGUGGAAACUCCCUGGGCCUGCAACCCCGUCGGGUGUCGACACGUAUAAAACAGUACUUUGCAACUUGGGCAACACAGGGUGUCUAUGGCCACUUCAAGCCUCUUGCCGAGAGCCCUUUGCCGACCUGGCUCGAUGCGGACGCGAAGGCUUCGGGAGCUAUUGCUCCUAUCGUCGGGGCUCUUCCUUCCGAGGUGGCCGUCAUGGAAACAUUGACGGCAAAUCUACACCUUCUGAUGUCUGCAUUUUACAAACCAGAUAUCAAUGGCCGUCAUAAGAUCAUAAUCGAGAGCCAGGCGUUCCCGUCUGAUCACUUUGCAGCAGAAUCACAAGUCCGUCACCAUGGUCUCUCUCCCGAGACCUCGUUAAUCACAAUUGAAGCACCCGCAUUCCCCCAACCACCUCUCUCAACAUCACAUAUCAUUUCUGUUAUUGAAGAGCACGGCUCAACCACGGCUCUCCUCCUUCUCCCUGGUAUCCAAUUCUACACCGGCCAAUUCCUCGAUAUCCCUACCAUCACCGCCGCGGCCCAGGCGCAAGGCAUCUUCGUAAUUUGGGAUCUCGCCCACGCAGUCGGUAACGUGCCGCUCAAGCUCCACGACUGGAACGUUGACGCUGCCGCAUGGUGCAGCUACAAGUAUCUAAAUUCCGGACCCGGCGCUGACGGUGGGCUAUUCGUUCAUGAACGCAAUGGUCAAGUCACUACAGAAACCGGUAAGAAAGUAUUUGUGAACAGGCUGAGCGGAUGGUGGGGAAGCGACAAGUCCUCUCGUUUUGCUAUGGACAACAAGUUCGUUCCCAUCCCCGGCGCUGCAGGUUUUCAGCUCUCGAACCCCUCCAUCCUAGACAUCACGAGCAUCACCGCGUCUCUCGAAGUCUUCGCCCUUGCUGGCGGUAUCAGUCCUUUGCGGGAAAAGUCUGUGAAGCUUACUGCGUAUCUCGAGAAGCUGCUCACAGAAAUGAAAGAGCAUGAGGAGAAGCGAUUUGAGAUCAUCACGCCUAGCGACCCGGAAGCGAGGGGAGCACAGCUGAGCCUGAAGCUGCAGCCGGGGUUGCUGGAUCAGACUAUGGAGGGCUUGGAAAAGAGGGGGGUUGUGGUUGAUGAGAGGAGGCCGGACGUCAUACGCGUUGCGCCGGCGCCAUUGUAUAACACUUUUACGGAUUGUUGGGAUUUUGUGGAUGCAUUUAAGGGGGCACUGCAGGAUGUUGUGAAGCGGUGA